AUGGUGGACGAGGGGGACAAGGGACAAUGUGGCCCCCCCAGGCUGGUGCAGGCAGAGCAUCGGCGGGAGCUGGAGGAGGAGCUCCGGGACCUCAGCAACCAGGUGGCAGCGCUGGGGCGGAGCCUGGCACAGGAAAGGGGGCGGAGCCUGGCGGCGGGCGGGGCCCUGCGGGCGCUGGAGAUUGCGGUGGGCGGAGCCCGGGCCCGGGUGGGCGGAGCCUGUCGGGCACGUGACCGGGCCUGCGAACGCCUACGGCAGCAACAGGAGGCGGGGCAGCUGCUGUGGGCGGAGCUGGAGGCCGCCCGCGCAGCCCGGGUGGGGGCGGAGCUUCGGGCGCAGGAGGCGGAGUCUCGGCGCCGCGUCCGGGAGGCGGAGCUGGAGAGGCUGCGGCAGGCAGUGGCGGCGGCCCAGCAUGCCCAGCGGCGGGCGGAGCGGGAGCGCGAUGACGUCGCCGCCCACGUGCCCCGCCCAGCCAGCCCCACCCCCUAUAGCGCCUAUGGGUGCAGGGGGGGCCAGGACCCCGGGGUGCUGCAGGCGGCGCUGGCGGAGCUGCGGGGGCACAACCGGGCGCUGCAGCAGCGCCUGCACCAGAGGCAGGCCCAGGCGGAGGAGCUGCAGCGCGCGCUGGCGGCGGCGGGGGCGCGGGCGCAGGAGGCGGCGGGGGCCCGGGCCCGGCUGGAGCGGGAGCAGCGGGCGCUGCGGGGGCGGCUGCAGCACCCAUGGGUACCCCCCGGCCCCUCCGAGGCCGCGCUGCGCGCCCGCUGCCACCACCUCCAGGAGCUCCUGCAGCGCGAGGCCGGGGCGCGGGCGGCGCUGAGGCGGGCGGCGCGGGCGGCCGGGCGGCGGCUGCGGGUGCUGCUGGCGGAGGCGGAGGAGCAGCGGCUGCGGGGGGAGCGCUACCGCCUGCAGGCGCAGGCCAGCGAGGCAGCGGGACGGGCGCUGGGGGAGCAGGUGGCCGCGGUGGCUGCGGGGACGGCCCGUGCCCAGGCCCAGGGCCACCACCUGCGCCAGGUGCUGGAGGACCUCGGGGACGGGGCCGCGGCCACCGCGCGCCAUGUGGCCACCCUACGGGCGCGCCUCAGGUGUGACCCGCUGACGCUGUCCCGCACGGUGCGCCGCAUGCUGCGGGCGGAGGACGAGGACAGCGAGGACAGCGGGGACAGCGGGGACAGCGGGGACAGCGGGUCCCCACCCUGGGCCCUCAGGGAGCCCCUCGAAACCGCCCCCAAGGAGCCCCUCCCAAAGGUUGCUGGGCCUCGGGGGGGCCUGGAAACUGCCUCUGCCCUUGGGGGGACCCUCGAAACUGCCCCCAGCCCGGGGGGGACCCUCGAAACCUUCUCCAGCCCAGGGGGGGCCCUUGAAACUACCCCUGGGGACCAGCCCUGAAAGGGCCUUUGAGCCCAAGGAACCCCUAAAAACUGCCCCCCAGGGACCCCACC